CAUUGUAACGUUAUGUACUUCGUACCGAAGAUACUAAACCCUCUAAAGGGACUAGCGUGGAAGGCCGACGUCACCGAAUUCCCGGAAGCUAUCGCAGCUUCCAACGCCAAAUCAAAAGCUGUCCCAAAAAAGUAAAUCCAACUACAUCACCGGUUUCAAACGCGACUUCCUCUUCUUUAAUCUCGCAUUGUUAGUUGAUUAAGUCACAAGUAAGCCACAAGAAACCGUAGCCACAAUGUUCCGUUUCCACAAAACUCUUGAUAUUGUCACCCUCUUCCACAAGGCAAGCUCACCGGCUUCUACAAGAGUGGCAACUCUCUUAAAGAAUAUUUCAGCCAAGGCCACAGAGACAGCAACCGAGGAUCAGGCCAAGCCCUCCCGUCCGGUGUUUGAAUUAAACAUCACUGAGGACCCUCCCACUACCGACCAACUCAAGACUAUUUUAGAGUACGUCGGCAAGAACAAGAUCGGCUCUGUCGUGCAAGGCGCGUCGACGGAGAAUGAGGCUUUGAAGAAGUUCAGAGAGAACCAGGAAAACUUCAAACGGCCUGUGGUCGUCGACUGGAACAAUGGAAAGGCUGUUGCUAGUGAUAAGGAAUCAGAGAUACUCAAGAUGUUAGAGCAAGAGAGUAACAAUAACAAGGAGUAGUUCCCAAUCAUUGUACAUAACACAAGUGGUCAUAUCUGUCUUGUGCUAGUAUUAGCUAGGCUCCAUAAACCCCUUACCAGCUUAAUUGAUACUCAGUCCUAGUUCUAGUUUGUUAUAAUUAGUUCUCUAGCUAGCUACUGAAAGGGGUAUCUAAUUUAGAUUACCGUAUACAAACACUA